AUGGUGGGCAAGGGAGACGCCCCCGCUCCGCGCGGGCCCGAUGGCGAGGAGGAGGACACCGGAGGCGUCGUCAAGCUCAUCAGCGCCGAGGGCUUCGAGUUCGUCGUCGACAAGAAGGCAGCCAUGGUCUCCAACACUCUGCGCAACAUGCUCACAUCGCCAGGAGGCUUCUCCGAGACGCGCCAGGGCGAGAUCCGAUUCCCGGAGAUCUCCACCCACAUCCUCGAGAAGAUCUGCCAGUACUUCUACUGGUCGCUCCGCUACUCCAGUGGAACGGAGUCGUCAGAGUUUGCAAUUGACCUCCCGAUAACUCUGGAGCUGAUGAUGGCCGCAAACUACCUGGACACUUGA